AUGCGCGGCAGCAUGAUGGCUAAGCUGGCAUUCUUGGGGCUACUGCUCCUUUGUGCCGCGGCAGUAGAGGCACGGGAGCCCAAGUCGAAGAACCCGCCUAUCAAAAACCUGCCAGCAGCCCCCAAGGCCUGCACAAAAGAGCUGCGCAAGAAAAUCGUCUGGGGCGGCGCCACAAGCGCGUAUCAGAUAGAGGGUGCUUGGAACGAAGACGGCAAGGGUCCCUCCAUCUGGGAUACUUUUAGCCAGAAGGGUGGUGAGACCGUCGACAACGCCAACGGCAAUGUGGCCAACGACUUCUACCACCGCUGGCAGGGGGAUGUGGCGAUGAUGAAGAAGCUGGGGGUGAAGACAUACAGGAUGUCGAUCGCGUGGACCCGCAUCGUCCCCACAGGCGCCGCCGGCUCCCCCAUCAACGCCAAGGGCGUGGAGUUUUACAGGACCCUGAUCACUGAGCUGCUGAAGAACGGCAUCGUGCCCGCCAUCACCAUGUUCCACUGGGACCUGCCCCAGGGGCUGCAGGACACCAUCAAGGGCUUCCACGCCGAGGGCACCGCCUUCCAGGACGCCUUUGUGUACUACGCAGACACCCUGUUCAGGGAGCUGGGGCCGCUGGUCAAGCUCUGGAUGACCUUCAACGAGCCCAUGUCGAUCUGCGACCUUGGGUACGGCCAGGGCGUGUUCGCCCCCGGCAUCAAGGGCGGCGCCGCCGGCCAGUACAAGUGCGGCCACAACCUCCUGCUGGCCCACGCCAAGACCGUGAAGCUGUACCGCGAGAAGUACAUGGGCGCCCAGGACGGGAAGAUCUCGAUGGCUCUGGAUGGGAAGUACGGCUAUCCCCUUACGGACAGCGCUGCCGACAAGCAGGCGGCGCAGUACUGGAUGGAGUUCCAGUACGGCUGGAUGGCCGACCCCGUCUACUUUGGCGACUACCCCACCUCCAUGCACAAGUUCAUGGGCGACAAGCUGCCCAAGUUCACGCCCGAGGAGAGCGUCUUGCUCAAGGGCUCGCAGGACUACUUUGCCUGCAACUUCUACAACGGCUACUUCAUCAAGGCUCCCGCCGACCCCAACUCUGAGUUCCCCUACGAGGUCACCAUGAAGAACGAGAAGGGCCAGUGGGUGGGCGAGCCCUCCGCCAGCUCGUGGCUGUUCCGCACCCCUGACGGCCUGCGCAAGACGCUGGUCUGGCUGGACAGCCGCUACAGCGUCGACGGCCGCAAGGUAGAGUUCACGAUCAGCGAGAACGGCGUGAGCGGCCCCGGGGAGGCGUCGCUGCGCCCGCCGGCGGUGCUCCAGGACAACUACCGCCUGCGCUACUACUCGACCUACCUUGACAACCUGUGCCUGGCCAUCACCGAGGACAACAUCAAGUUCUCCACCUACUGGGCCUGGUCCCUCUGGGACAACUUUGAGUGGCGCCAGGCCUACACCGAGCGCUUUGGCAUGAUCUACGUCGAUCUCAAGAACGGCCUGGAGCGCGUCCCCAAGGCCAGCGCCUACUGGAUGUCAAAGUACUUCUGGUCCGAGUCGGCCCUGUUUGAGUCCUCCUACUACAAGGGCCUCUACAAGAACCGCCACGCCUCCAAGGAGCGCAAGGCGCGGAAGAGCAGCAAGGCCUGA